UCGACUGAUAACAGAUAUGCAAUUGUCAACAAAUCAUAGCCAAUCUGAUAGUAAAAAUUCAUGUAAUCAUAUAAAUAUUUUUAAAGCUGAAGAAGGUCUGAAAAUAUAUAAUAUUGUACAUUCACAUUUUAUUGCAUGUACGACGGAUUUGUAUAGGAAACGAAAGGUCGUAAACACAAGAUGUCAUCAAUGCCGUAGUAGAAAACGUUUACAUUCAUGUUUACAUUGUGUAUUUUUUGGCUGUUACGAUGGACAUGUCCAAGCUCAUUAUGCCAGACACGAUCAUUAUUUAUACGUGGAUCUAACAUACGGAAAUAUAUUAUGCAUGAAAUGUGGCGAUUAUGAGUAUGAUGAUGAGUUAGCUGAUAUUGCUAGACGCAAUCUAUUAGAUGCAUCAAAAGAUUUGGGACAUCCGGCACCAUCAUGGAUUCCACUUUGGUUAACCAAAAAAGAAAUAUUAGAAGUUCAACGACAUUCAAAACGUUUAAGACUGAAUUCACAAUCGCCAGUUGGUCUAAGACCACUUAUCAAUAUGGGGAAUACAUGUUAUAUGAAUUGUAUUAUACAGGUUUUAAUGCGCACUCCACUACUACGAAAUUAUUUAAUGUCAGAACGACAUAAAUGUUCGAAUUCCGAUGGAAUGUGUGUUAUGUGUGAAUAUGUCGAGUUAUUCGAGGAAUUUUACUGUGGCGGAAAAGAAGGCUUAUUAGCCCCAUACAAAUUACUGUAUUUAAUGUGGAUGCAUAAACCAAAUUUAGCUGGAUAUAAACAACAGGAUGCCCAGGAAUUUUUUUUAGCAACGUUAGAUAUAUUACAUAAAAAUUGUGUUCAAUCGCAAUUAUCUGCAAAGCAAUCUUCGAAUGGAUCAGAGAGUGAUUUUGAUUUUAAAAAUGAUUUAGAUUUACGGAAAGAAGAGAAUUUCUCAAAAGUUCAAUCAAUAAUUAAACAAACAUUUAUGGGGAAAUAUCAAAGUGAUGUUGUAUGUCAAAAUUGCAAAGGAGUAUCAUCAACGGUAGAAACAUUUUGGGAUAUACCAUUAGAUUUAGGGCCAACACCAGAUGGCAGUUCAUUAUUAGAUUGUUUAAAACGUUUCACUAGUCCUGAACUAUUAGAAGUAAAAAUUAAGUGCAAUAAUUGUAAUUCAAUUGAAGAAGGUACCAAACAAUUAACAGUUAAGAAAAUUCCAAUAGUAGCAUCAUUUCAAUUGAAACGUUUUAAGAAUGUAUUAACUAAAACACAUGUACAAAUUGAGAAGAAAGUUUCUACUGUAAUAUCAUUCCCUGAAGUAUUAGAUAUGACACCAUUUAUGACGAAAUCACGUAAUAGUACACCAAGUCAAGUAUUUUCACCGUACGAUAAUCGUUAUAUAUUAUUUGGUGUUAUUAAUCAUCAUGGGCAAUCUGGUGCUGGACAUUAUACAGCGUUUGUAAGAUUACCACCGAAUUUCUGGUAUAAAUGUGAUGAUAAUAAAAUUACGAAAGCCACCUUAAAAGAAGUUUUGGAUUCUGAAGGGUAUCUUCUAUUUUACCAUAAACGUACUGUCGAAUACUUUUAAAUGAUAGGAUUCAACAGAAGAGUAGUACCAAAAAAAUAUGAAUCAUCUAAAACCAG